AGGACAUAGCCUGCUUUGAUACGAUCGCAAGCAAUGAUCGAUGGGGACAUGGACGAUGGUUGUCAGUCGAGUUUGACUCGAAUUUGAACUGCAAGAGAUUGAGGAUAGGAGACGAGAUGUCGGACCUGUUCGGCUGUCACCACACUGAGAUCCUGUCUCGAUUCUUCUGCCACGACCUCGUCAACUCGAUGAGCGAGUAUGAGCUGUUGGUUGCGUGGGUCUCAUCCAUCUUGUGCUCGUUCAACGCCCAGUCGAUCUUUUACAUCAAGGUGGAGCGACGCGGCGGUCCAGAGCAAGAAAAACGCAUGCUUUACUUGAAAUGCUUCCUUGAAAAGAGCUGGAAUCAUGCUGGCAUACACUCCGGCUAUACUAUUGUCUUUGAAUCAGCUUCGCCCGAAUCCUACCACUUGUACAAGAACAGAUUCCUCCCUCCCUCAAUGCAGCAGCACGACCCUGAGAAAGCAGCAAAAAGAGUAGCCAUUGCCAGGGAGUCUAUCGUAUUCAUGAGGAAAUCAAUCACUGUAGGAGAGGACAGGCUUUCCCACUUGGCGAGUGUGAUCAAGCAUUGUAUGGCGGACGUAAGGACGCAUCAUCCGCUCUUUGUGAACGAAGGGGCAGGUCACUGUGCAAGCAUUGAGCUGAUGGUGUAGCAACAUUGAUGCGUGCAAAUCAAACAGUCGGUCAGUUGAGGACUUGAUUUUUGUGCUCUAGUGCUUCCUCAAGAAUGUGUAUUUAUUCUUGAUCAGUUUACUCGACAGAAAGCUAUCCUGUGUGCUAAGAGAAAAGCAUCUUCCUCAUUCAACCUGCAAGAAGGAACACAAGGGGCAGUUUUUCGCGCUUCUAAUACCUUCGCUCAGCGUGUUUUGGACUCUGGCUCAACAACAUCCAUGCGAGUUUUCAGAAUCUGAAUUCUCCCAGGACAUUGCAUGUAAACAGUGAGGAGGAUUUGAGUCACAGUAGCAUCUGCUUCUCGUACAAACUCUCUUAUUUUCUGUUUCAUGUUCUUCUGUAAUUCUUCUCACUGAGUCUCUCUGAUGGGGAAUGACAAUGGAAGUAGGCUUUCAUUUUUUCUGGCUUCCCUUCAGAGUUGAGGUAUUCAUAGUAUUGCCCUAUCAACUCGUACUGUAUAAAGUUCUCGAUGUCUGG